UUUUUUUUGGUUUAUUCCCAAAUAUGAUUUUACGGUACUCUAUCAACAAAAGACUUUAUACAACUUUUCAGAGGUUAGGCAUCUCUCAAAGUACAACAGAUCACUUGAAUUCUAAAUUCGGUAUCAACAAACCAACAGCUGCACAAACGAAAUUCAUCCCGGCUAUCUUGACAGGAAAUGAUCUUUACUUACGUGAUGCUACCGGUACUGGAAAAUCGUUUGGGAUGGCUCUCACAUUGGCAAGUCAACCUUCUUGUCAUUCACUUUACAUUGCGCCGAAUCAGGAACUAGCUUCACAAAUCAAUGAUUGGUUACAACAACUUUCACCUUCUUGUGGUCAUGUUGUUGUUGAUACCCCUGCUCGUCUAUUAGAACGUCUCGCUACAGAAUAUAUGGACUAUUUUGAUCGUAUCGUAUUGGAUGAGGCCGACCAAGCACUUCGAUUACCAAAACGAUAUGCCACUUUACGACAACAACAACGACGUCAACUACAUCCUAAACCAGCACAAUUAGUCCUACAAUCCUUACUUUCCCCAUCAACAAGAAAAAAGCCACAACUGAUUGCCACUUCUGCUACUCUUAAUCGUCCGUUACGACAUUGGUUGGUACAACAAGGAUGGAUGGUUGAUCCAGUUUUCAUCGAUCUUUCAAACCAACAACCAUGGGAUUCAACUCAAGAUGGACCUGUACAACAUUAUUGUCUUUUGAUAUCGGAGGAUUCGAUCCGCAACAUUACUUUGCAGCCAUCCAUACCAUCGUCAACAGUAGGAUUUGAAGAUGAUGAUGAUCGAAUGUUGGAAAGCGUUGCGAUAUUACACGAUAUGGAGCAAGUGGAAAACAGUGUGUUGUUUGUGGAUACAUCGAUCAGUAUUGUGGAUGUUCAAGCACGCCUCAGUGCAUGUGGGAUUCAUUGCAAGGAUAUUCGACAAGCAACAAGGACAGAUCGAAACACACUUUGGAUUGCUACGGAAUUCACAGCAAGAGGGGUAGAUCUUCCUUCCAUAUCACAUGUCUUCAUCCUUGGAAAACCCGCUUCAGUGGCAAGUUACCUUCAUAUGGCUGGACGUACUGGACGAUUGGGCCCUGAUGGUAUAGGUCGUGGCAAGGUUAUUAGUUUAGUACGUGAUCAAGGUCGGUCAGAGGCAAAGAUGCUCAAUAUGUACAAAUUGUUGAACCUUCCUAUCAAGUCAUUGGAACAUGUGGAAUAG